UCUGGUGACAUGGAUGUGAUUUUUCACCUGGUUUGCUUAGUCUUGUUCAUCUCCACUUAUUCUCCAUGUUUUGGCGUGCUAAGGAAGCACUGUGACAUCAUAGAGCAUGAAUACUUUGAUACUUACAGUAAUAGAAUGCCCUUGGUUUUUGGUGGAUUUGACAAACUAAACUUCAGCCUUGCAGCAGUCUGUAAAAGCUAUAACGCUUCUGUAAUAGAAGACUUAGAAGAAGUUCCUGAAGCUACAGACUGGCUCUUCCUCGAAAUAUUCUAUGUCAGCAUUAAACCACAAGCUUUUGCCCAUCUUACAAACCUACGUUACAUCUAUAUAGCCGGUAAUUUUGUGAUUUCACCAGUAGCUUUUCUGGAGCUGAAGAAACUCUCUGUUUUGUGGCUGGAACAGACAAGCAAACAAAUCAUUGAUGGACUUGAUUUAAGAGGACUCAGUAUGCUACAGGAGCUUAAACUUAAAGGUGUCCCUUUUUCAUCUCUGAAUAAAUCAAUAUUUGACAACCUUCAUCAACUGAGACAUCUUAUCCUGGAUUACAAUUCUAUUGACACCUUAUCAUCAGUAACUCAGUAUCUUCCGAAAUUAGAAAGUCUUGAAGGAUUAUCUCUAAUUAGUAACCAUGUAACUGCAUACAGAGAGACAGACUGCCUUUUCAGUGAACACCCUACAGGUAAUAUCAGUCACAUACAUUUUAAUAUAACCUAUUUGAACAUUGAUGGAACACAAAGUUUUAGGAUUGAAAACAACUCGUUAUGUAACUUUCCGAAAUUAUCAUUUUUUAAACUUAAUAUAGGUUAUUCAGCUCUAAAAGAUUUAAAAAAGUCUGGGAUCCAAGUAGUUGAGUCAGUUUCAUUUACAGAUUCUCAAUUUCCUUCUUUCUACAUAUGUAUUUAUGUAUCACUCUUUAGGAUACAGGAACUUCAACUGGCAAAUAAUCAUAUUAAGGUUAUCAAUACAGCCAAUGGGUCUUGCAGCAUUCUACGUAGUCUAGAUUUAUCAUUUAAUGCUAUCACAACUGUGGCUGCAUCUCAGAUGAAGAACCUAAAAAAAGUGAAGGAGCUCAACUUGUCAAACAAUAAGAUUACCACAAUUGAAAUAUGUCUUGAGAACGUUUCCAUGGCACUGGUUUAUCUUAACUUGGAUUUUAACUAUUUAUCUUCUUUAACACAAGAUCAAUUUAAGUGCCUUAUACACCUGAAAGCGCUUUCACUGAAGAACAAUAAAAUUCAGACCAUACAAAAUUAUUCCUUCCACGGUAUGAAGACACUUGAAGUUCUGCAUCUAGAUAGUAAUAAUCUCUACAGUUUGGAUGUUUUUGCGUUUGCAGGUCUUUUCUCAUUAAAACAACUAUCUUUGAGUGAAAAUUUCUUAGAAGAAAUUAAUAGCAGGGCUUUUAAGGAUCUGAGAAAGCUUGAAGAGAUUGCACUUGGCUUUAAAUAUAUGGUGCCCAUGUUUUGGUCACAGUAUAUGGAGUCGCUAAAAAAAAUGUCCCUGAAAACACUUGAUACAGUUCUGACAAUUGAUUCAGAAUAUUUCAACUAUUUUAAUGCCUUUGAAAGUUUGAGCAUUGACUCCCCGUGUGUGCUGAUUGAUGAGUGCGAUGAUUUUCCAUUUUACAAAGUAAAAGAACUGUAUUUAAGAAACAUUUAUUCUCUUCUCUGUUACAGUCUAAGAUUUGAGAACGCACUGGACAAAUUUACAAACUUGGAAAAGUUCUAUUUAAUAGCAGAUGUAAGUUCACAACCUGAAAGAAACAUCCUUAAUUCUGCAUUAGGAAAUUUAACAAAACUUUCUUUCUUUCAUCUUGAAAAUACAAAUAAACUAGAAGACGGCUCAGCAUUAAAUUUAACCAAACUAUUUCUAGGCUUAGAAAGCCUCCAGAUUCUGCAUUUAGUCAAUUCAGGAAUAGAAGACUAUGGUUCCAAUGUGUUGUUCCGAGAUUUAAAAUCAGUCACAUUUCUAAUGAUAGAAAGUGAGAAAAUUUACAGAUUCCCAGACAAUAUGUUUUCUGACAUGGUUAACCUAAAAUAUGUUUUUUUUCCAGAAACAAAUUUUUAUUGCAAAUGUGAUCUUUCAUGGUUGAGUCAGUGGGUGAAAUAUGAAAAACAAGUUUUAUUCCUUGACUUUUAUGAUCAGCCUUGUUUUGUCAGUGCUCAAAUACAACAUUUUGACUUAGUCCCCUUCCUGGAAGAAAACUGCAAUACCGAGCUAGGUUUAAUUGCGUUCAUGGCUACACUACUCAGUACUUUGAUAUUUAUGUCUAUCUCCCUCUUCUAUGAAAGCAUUUGGUGGUAUAUUCUGUACAUUUUGUACAUAAUUAAAUGUUGGCUGAAUAACAGACACAGAAAAGGAGACCACUAUGAGUAUGAUGUAUUUGUAUCAUAUAAUACCCACAAUGAACAGUGGGUAACAGAGCAGCUUCUUCCUAACCUGGAGCAAAAUGGUCCUCCUUUCUUUAAAGUGUGUAUCCACAACCGAAACUUUGAGAUUGGUAGAGACAUUGUAGAGAACAUUGUGGACAGUAUAUAUAACAGUAGAUGGACAAUUUGCAUUAUCACUCGCAGUUACCUUCAGAGUAACUGGUGCUCCUUGGAGAUAAGAAUGGCGACCUACAGGCUGGUAGCAGAGAGAAAGGAUUCUCUUAUCCUCAUAUUCCUGGAUAACAUCCCUACAGAAGAACUUCAAUACUACCACAAGCUCACUAAGAUUCUAGACAAGAAAACUUAUGUGAAGUGGCCAGAAGAUGGAGAUGGGCAGCAGCUGUUCUGGGCCAGAUUACGCAAAGUUAUCGCUAGUCAUAAAGAGGAUUUCCAGGAGCCAUAAAAUUUUUAGAAAAUGCGAACUGAAGCCGGUAUGUGAAUGAACAAUUGCUGCUCAUCAUGCAUUUUUACUAACCAGUCACUAUAUAUGAGCAUUGCAGAUGGCUGCUGUUUCAUGGACAAUUUUAGUGCAAAAAAGAAAAUCUGAAUGUUUUCCUAGUAAGGCAUGUAAAAUUCAUUUAUUGAUAUAAUCUAUAUAAUAAGUUGGGUAGCUGCGCAAAUACUUUCAUUUACUUAUCUUUUUAAAUGUAUUUCUAAAUUGCUUCAUUACUUGCCAUUUUAUGACAGAUGACAGAUUAAAACUAAAUGUAAAAGUGAUUUCAUUUAUGUAAUUUUCAUAAACUGUCUCAACAACCUCUGUUCAAUCUGAAAUGUGACUCAUUUUACUGCAAACUGGACCUGUGUUAGGGAACAUGUUUUACAGCAAAAACUGCAUUACCAUUGUAGAUUGUCAAUACCAGUGUGUAGUGUCUUUGUAGAAGGGGAAGGACAUUUGAACCCUCUUCAAUUUUGCUACCGUUUAAUAAUCUGUGUAUCAAACCUGUGAAUUUACAUUUAUAUAGGCCUCAUAAUAAAAU